GCGGCCUGCAGCCUGACUUCCUCCCCCCACCCCGCAGCUCGCCGCCCGGCUCCUCGGACGGGGCCGCCGCGAUGGGACGCCGCGCCCGGGCCCCUGCGCGCCGCUGAGCCGAGCUCCCGCGUCGCCGAGCCCCCCGCGACCGCUGCCAGCCGCGGCUCACCUCGUCCCCCAGGCCGGGAGCCUCGCCCCCGGCCCCCCGGAAAGCUGGAUUUCCGAGGCUGGAGGCGCCUGGCCGGCUGGGUGGGGACCACCAUGGGCAACGCGGCCGGCAGCGCAGAGCCGCCCGCGGGCCUGGCCGCGCCGUCACCCAAGCAGCCCGCGGCGCCCAAGCAGCCGAUGCCCGCGGCGGGCGAGCUGGAGGAACGGUUCAACCGCGUUCUGAACUGCAUGAACUUGCCCCCGGACAAGGUCCAGCUGCUGAGCCAGUAUGACAACGAGAAGAAGUGGGAGCUCAUCUGUGACCAGGAGCGGUUUCAAGUCAAGAACCCCCCCACAGCCUAUAUCCAGAAGCUGAAGAGCUACCUGGAAACUGGUGGGGUCAGCCGAAAGGUAGCAUCGGAUUGGAUGUCCAACCUGGGGUUUAAGAGGCGAGUCCAGGAGUCCACUCAGGUGCUGCGGGAGCUGGAGAUCUCCCUGAGGACAAACCACAUCGGGUGGGUGCAGGAGUUCCUCAACGAGGAGAACCGCGGCCUGGAUGUGCUCCUCGAUUACCUGGCCUUUGCCCAGUGCUCUGUCACGUAUGACAUGGAGAGCACAGACAAUGGGGCCCCAAGCUCGGAGAAGAGCAAGCCCCUGGAGCAGUCAGUGGAAGACCUCAGCAAGGGCCCACCCGCCUCCUCGGUGCCACAGCCCAGGAGUCGCCACCUGACCGUCAAGCUGACCCCAGCCCACAGCAGGAAGACCCUGCGAAACUCGCGCAUCGUCAGCCAGAAGGAUGACGUCCACGUCUGCAUUAUGUGCUUGCGUGCCAUCAUGAACUACCAGUCUGGCUUCAGCCUCGUCAUGAGCCACCCAGCCUGUGUCAAUGAGAUUGCUCUGAGCCUCAACAACAAGAACCCCAGAACCAAGGCUCUGGUGCUGGAGCUGCUGGCGGCCGUGUGCCUGGUGCGGGGAGGACACGACAUCAUCCUUGCAGCCUUUGACAACUUCAAGGAGGUGUGUGGGGAGCAGCACCGCUUUGAAAAGCUGAUGGAAUACUUCCGGAAUGAAGACAGCAACAUCGACUUCAUGGUGGCCUGCAUGCAAUUCAUCAACAUCGUGGUGCACUCAGUGGAGAACAUGAACUUCCGAGUCUUCCUGCAAUAUGAGUUCACCCACCUGGGCCUGGACCUGUACUUGGAGAAGCUUCGGGUCACAGAGAGCGACAAGCUGCAGGUGCAGAUCCAGGCGUACCUGGACAAUGUGUUUGACGUGGGCGUGCUGCUGGAGGACACGGAGACCAAGAACGCUGUGCUGGAGCACAUGGAGGAGCUGCAGGAGCAGGUGACCCUGCUGACAGAGCGGCUUCGGGACGCGGAGAACGAGUCCAUGGCUAAGAUCGCCGAGCUGGAGAAGCAGCUCAGCCAGGCCCGGAAGGAGCUGGAGGCCAUGCGGGAGCGCUUCAGCGAUUCCACGGCCAUGGGCGCCCCCCGGCGUCCACCCGAGCCCGAGAAAGGGCCUGCCCCGGCCUCCGCAAGGCCCUCGGCUCUAGAGCUGAAGGUGGAGGAGCUGGAGGAGAAGGGGUUAAUCCGUAUCCUGCGGGGACCCGGGGAUGCUGUCUCCAUCGAGAUCCUCCCCGUCGCCGUGGCAACUCCAAGCGGCGGUGAUGCCCCGACUCUGGGAGUGCCCACCAGCUCCCCCAGCCCAGGUGCGCCGAUCUCCAAGCCGGGUGGGGUGGGCGGGGAGCCCCCGCCCCCGCCUCCCCCGCUGCCCGGAGUCCUACCGCCCCCGCCGCCGCCGCCGCCGCCACCGCCUCCUGGCCCAGAUGGGCUGGUGCCUCCGCCACCCCCGCCGCCUCCCGGAGGUCUCCCUGGUGCCCUUGGGGAGCCGGGCCCAGAGAUGGGCCCAGGAGUGAAGGCCAAGAAACCCAUCCAGACCAAGUUCAGAAUGCCCCUCUUAAACUGGGUAGCCCUGAAACCCAGCCAGAUCACGGGUACUGUCUUCACUGAGCUCAAUGAUGAGAAGGUGCUGCAGGAACUGGACAUGAGUGACUUUGAGGAGCAGUUCAAGACCAAGUCCCAAGGUCCCAGCCUGGACCUCAAUGCUCUCAAGGGUAAGGCAGCCCAGAAGGCCCCCAGCAAAGCCACACUCAUUGAGGCCAACCGGGCCAAGAACCUGGCCAUCACCCUGCGCAAGGGCAACCUGGGAGCGGACCGCAUCUGCCAGGCCAUCGAGACGUACGACCUCCAGGCCCUUAGCCUGGACUUCCUGGAGCUGCUGACCCGCUUCCUGCCCACGGAGUAUGAGCGCACCCUCAUCGCCCGCUUCGAGCGGGAGCAGCGGCCGAUGGAGGAGCUGUCAGAGGAGGACCAGUUCAUGCUGCGCUUCAGCCGCAUCCCGCGCCUGCAGGAGCGCAUGGCCGCGCUAACCUUCAUGGGCAACUUCCCGGAUACCGUCCAGCUGCUCAUGCCGCAACUGAAUGCCGUCAUUGCAGCCUCAAUGUCCAUUAAGUCGUCUGACAAACUCCGCCAGAUCCUGGAGAUCGUCCUGGCCUUCGGCAACUACAUGAACAGCAGCAAGCGCGGAGCAGCCUAUGGCUUCCGGCUCCAGAGUCUGGAUGCGCUGCUGGAGAUGAAGUCCACCGACCGAAAGCAGACGCUGCUGCACUACCUGGUGAAGGUCAUCGCCGAGAAGUACCCACAGCUCACAGGCUUCCACAGUGACCUGCACUUCCUGGACAAGGCGGGCUCAGUGUCCCUGGACAGCAUCCUGGGGGACGUGCGCGCCCUGCAGCGAGGCCUGGAGUUGACCCAGCGGGAGUUUGUGCGGCAGGAUGACUGCGUGGUGCUCAAGGAGUUCCUGAGGGCCAACUCCCCCACCAUGGACAAGCUGCUGGCAGACAGCAAGACAGCUCAGGAGGCCUACGACUCUGUGGUGGAAUACUUCGGAGAAAACCCCAAGACCACGUCCCCCUCCAUGUUCUUUACCCUCUUUAGUCGCUUCGUCAAGGCCUACAAGAAAGCUGAGCAGGAGGUGGAACAGUGGAAGAAAGAAGCGGCUGCUCAGGAGGCCGGCGCUGAAACUCCAGGCAAAGGGGACUCCCCAGCACUCAAGUCCCCACCCAAGGUUCGGAGGCCACAGAUGGACCUCAUCUCUGAGCUGAAACGGAAGCAGCAGAAGGAGCCACUCAUCUAUGAGAGUGACCGCGAUGGGGCCAUUGAAGACAUCAUCACAGUGCUCAAGACGGUGCCCUUCACGGCCCGCACUGGCAAGCGGACAUCCAGGCUCCUCUGUGAGGCCAGCCUGGGCGAGGAGAUCCCCCUCUAGCCCUCAGACCUGCGGAACCAGCCCUACAUCCGCUCGGACACAGGCCGCCGCAGCGCCCGCCGGAGACCCCCGGGACCCCCCCUGCAGGUCACCUCGGACCUCUCGCUGUAGCCCCCAUUUCCGCAGAUGGAC